UAGAAGGUCAUGGAUGUUCGCCCGUGAAGAGUGACCCCAAAAUUGAUCUCCCAACAUCCCAAUCUCCAUCGGUAUAGAGUGGUCCUUCCACUAGUAGAGAAAGAAAAAUCAAACCAUUGGAGGUGUCGAUAAUGUCCCUCAAUAUCUUCCACCGAAGUCUACAUAUCUAAAAGCAACUCUUUUUGAGUCCUUGUGCCAUUUCCUGAGUACCAAGAAAUACCCACAUUUCCAUAAGGUUUUCGCUCCCCAAGUGGACUCAUUCAAUUCUUGAAUUGGGAGAGAAGACGGGAAUGGCUCAACAUGGUCCGAGGCUGGUCAUCCCCGUAGACGUGAAGAAGAAGCCCCACGAGCAGGCGCUUCCCCUUCACAACCGGUGGCACCCGGACAUCCCGCCGGUCGCAGAAGUGCGGACCGGCAAGGUCUUCAGGGUGGAGAUGGUGGACUUCAGCGGCGGCGGGAUCACGCACGAAUAUACCAUCGACGACAUCAAGCAUGCCGACAUGUCCAUCGUUCAUUACCUGAGUGGACCGAUCAGAGUUCUGGAUACAGAUGGAGUUCCGGCGAAGCCGGGUGAUCUUCUCGCUGUCGAGAUAUGCAACCUGGGUCCUCUACCGGGCGAUGAAUGGGGUUUCACAGCAACAUUCGACAGAGAAAAUGGAGGCGGGUUUCUGACAGAUCAUUUCCCAUGUGCAACCAAAGCUAUAUGGUAUUUCGAAGGAAUCUAUGCAUACUCACCCCAAAUACCGGGUGUGAGGUUUCCAGGGUUGACUCACCCUGGAAUUAUUGGAACUGCACCAUCUAAGGAACUCCUGAACAUAUGGAACGACAGGGAAAGAGAGGUUGAAGAAAAUGGACUGCAGACACUCAAGCUAUGUGAGGUUUUGCAUUCAAGGCCACUAGCAAACUUGCCAUCAACCAAAGGCUGCGUCCUCGGCAAGAUUCAAGGAGGCACUCCUGAAUGGGAAAGGAUCGCGAGGGAAGCGGCAAGAACAAUUCCGGGAAGAGAAAAUGGGGGAAACUGCGACAUCAAAAAUUUAAGUAGUGGUUCAAAGGUAUAUCUCCCAGUUUUUGUGGAAGGAGCAAACCUCAGCACUGGCGAUAUGCACUUCUCUCAGGGUGAUGGUGAGGUCUCCUUCUGCGGAGCUAUCGAGAUGAGUGGCUUUUUAGAGCUCAAAUGCGAAAUCAUCAGGGGAGGGAUGAAAGAGUACCUGACACCAAUGGGACCGACCCUUCUCCAUGUAAACCCAAUCUUCGAGAUAGGACCGGUGGAGCCAAGAUUUUCGGAAUGGCUGGUGUUUGAGGGGAUCAGUGUCGAUGAGAGCGGGAGGCAGCAUUACCUCGAUGCCAGCGUCGCAUACAAGCGGGCCGUGCUCAACGCGAUUGACUACCUCUCCAAAUUCGGCUACUCCAAGGAGCAGAUGUAUCUUCUACUAUCCUGCUGCCCAUGUGAAGGAAGGAUAUCUGGAAUUGUGGAUUCCCCUAAUGCUUUAGCAACACUUGCAAUCCCCACAUCCAUCUUUGAUCAGGAUAUUCGUCCAAAGAACAAAAUUCCAGUUGGGCCUCGGCUAGUCAGGAAGCCAGAUGUCCUGAAGUGCACUUAUGAUGGGAAUCUACCUAUUACAAAGAACCUUAGUGCCACUAUGUAGUCGUUGCUUAGGUGGCCAAAAUUACAAUGCUUGGGCAAACCAUAUGUGCUUGCACCUCUUCCUAUUCCAUAUUUACUAAGUAUAAGUAGAACUGUGACAGCAAAGAAUAUGCUACUUCUGGACAACCUCUGUACCUUGGUUGAAUAAUGGGUGAGCUGCUUACUGAGAAA